AUGAAGUUUAGUACCGUCAUCGUCGCUUCCAGCGCCACACUCGCCUCGGCGAGACCUCAGUACGAUGCCGCACCAUCGGAUCCUCAUGCUUGGAUGGCGGCGUCGCCAAAUGACUCGAACCACGGCUUUCUUCCCCGCGAUGGCCGUAACUUCACCCAAGAGAACGUAGUCAAGGGCUUGAAGGACGGCUUGAACUUCAACGCGUCUCUCGGCGCGCUCAUGUGGCAGCAAGCAAUCAUUGCCAAUCCGGAACCGAACGCGACUUUCUUCACUCUCGAACAGCUCAACGUCCACAAUGUCCUCGAGCACGACGCCAGUCUCACACGUACCGAUGCGGCUUUUGGCAACAACCACGUCUUCAACGAGACGGUAUACAAUGUAUCGAAGCAGUGGUGGACGGAAGAGGUGGUAACAGCUAAGAUGCUGGCCAACUCCAAGAUCUUCCGUCAAUUGGAGAGCCGAGCAACGAACCCAAACUACACCUUCACCGCUUCUACCGAAGAGUUCAGUCUAGGUGAAGUCGCAGCGCCUAUCAUCGCUUUUGGUUCUCUUGAGGAGGGUACUGUCAACCGCACGUUGAUGGAGUACUUCUUUGGUGAGUUCAACCACUACUUUCACAUUAUCGGGCGCAAUGUUAGACCGCAAGCUAAUGCUAAAGCAGAGAAUGAACGUCUCCCUAAUGAUUUGGGCUGGACAAAGAAGUCGGACGAGAUCACUCUCAUGAACAUCCUAGCUACGACGAGUAUUGUCCGCAAUGCGACGAGUCUGCUCACUGGCGGCAACACGGCCGAAGACUCACCUCACGGCAAGCGCGAUAUUCACGGUGGGAUGUUUUAA